AUGGGAGCCUUCACACCACGUGAUAUUUGUAAUAUAGACGAAAGUCCUCUUCAAUUAUUUGGUGAUCAAGGAAAACGUAGUAUUAUUGAUAUGGGUACACCAAAUGAUAUAGAAGAAAAUCUUAGUAGCAAACGUAAAGGCCAAAUAUCGCCAAGAGAGAAGAGUCAAUAUGCAGAAGGUGUAAAUAUAUUUUUUACACCAAAGAGAGUGAUCAAUGGUUCGACGAGGAAUCAAUAUGUUCAAUCAUGGUGGUCUCAAAUAAAAGAUUCUCAUCCAAAGCUAUUGAUAGAUGAUAGUGCUAAUUCACAUCUUAAUCCUGAUCUUAUUCUUGAUUUACGUAAAAAACGAGUGGUGGUUGCGAUUGUACCAAAAGGCUGCACAAUGUACGUACAAGUACUUGAUGUGUCGAUUUUUUCGGUUUUUAAAAAUCAUUACGAUGAUGUGGUGGAGGAAUAUAUUGAAAAGAAUGGACCUAGAAGUAAAAUAAAGCUUACAGCAUCAUAA